AUGCUUGACCUUAUUACCUUGGAAAAAGAGCUUGGACCCGGUCCUAUGCGCUUUGCUCCCAAAGAGGAGCGCAGCUUUCAAGCACAAAUGGAGUCAUUGUCGCCAACCGAAAAACAGUGCUUUCACAAUCUAAAGGAGAAAUGGAACAAACACAUUGAAGAAAACAAGGAAAAGGAAAAGACACCAACUCAUUCUUAUUCGGAUGAAAUGAUCUUGCGCUUUGCUCGCUGCAGUCCAGGCCGCAACAAGUUUGAAGAAACAGCUUCGUGGAAGGUCAUGAAGAAAUUUGAUCCUCGUUUCUUGACAUUGACCGCAGAAGAAAUUGAGAAGCAAUUGUUGAGCAAGACUCUCUUUCCUGUUCCAGGACUCAAGACUAAUGAAGGCCAUGACAUCUUCUACAUGUACCCGGCUCGAUAUUUCCCCAAGGAGACUACUACGGAAGAAAUUAUUGACAAUCUUGGUUACUGCAUGAACACCAUGUGCGAAAUGGAAAAGGCAUCAUCGGAAGGUAUUGGCUUUAUGGCAUACAUGAACGACUGGAAGAUGUCGAACUUUUCAAUUGACUACUGCUAUCAGUUCAUGAUGAUGUUGCAGGGAAGAGUUCCUGUCCGUGUCCGCAUGUUUCUCAUUGUCAAUCCACCUUCUUGGUUUGGAAUGAUUUGGAAGAUUAUGAAGCCCAUGUUGUCUCCAGAUUUUCGCAAGAAGGUCCAUGUGAUCAAGGAAUCUAAGAUUGGCGACUUUUUAAUGGAGGGAUACGAAACUUAUCUACCAGAUGAAACCGCCACUGGUAAGGCUGAUACUGAAUCCAUGGUUGAAGACUUUGUCACUUAUCGCAAGGCUGCUGAAAAACAAACUAUGUAA